GGGCGCCUGAGCUUCCCCUUUCCCAUCCACGAACAUAAAUGGAAUAUUAGGCGCAGGGAAACGCAUGGUGGUCAAAAGGAUCUGGCGAGACUGCGCUGGGGUACCACUAUCGAGCUGUCCGGCAUAAGCUAUGCGAUUAGGGAGGUCGAUGAGGGCCGGAUGAGACAGAUUACGAUGGUGAAUUCGGUCAAAUACGGGGUGAAUAUCCCAGCCGAAGCAGUGGGGUUUAAGAGGGAUGCUGUCGUCAUACAUAUAAUCGGAGGACGGCGUAUGGUAAACAUUAUGUUCACCAUCCGCUUAAGGGUUAGCGACACAUAA